AGUGCGGCCACUUCUGCAUGUCCUGAGUAAGGUGUAGCCUCUCGAGAAGUGCGUGCUGAGUUUCGUUUGGUGCCGGUUGCUGCGUGUGUUGCUACAGCCUUCCGAUGGGGGCAAAACCAGCUGUCAAAAGAUACGAAACAAGAAGUAGGAGAGCAGGGACGGAGCUGCCGUCAUCCAAAUCCCGAGUGGAUUGGAGACGCACUAGACGGGCGCUCUUACUGCCUGACAGCAAUGAGGAAUCCUCAGCCAGCUCCGAGGAGCAGGAGGAGUCCACCACGUCGGAAAGUGAAGCAGAUGAACGAGAUGAACAAGCAGCUACGAAGAGCAGUUUUCUUUCAGAUGGGGAGGAGAAAGACCGCGCUGGGGAAGUGACAGAAGAUGGUGACGAUGAGCGCGUCAUGCCUGGGAAGAGAAAGAGGCUGGGCACCUCUGUCAUGUACGACAGCGAUGAAAGUGAGGGCAGCGACAUCCUUGUCAGAAAGGUUCCUGCCAAGCGCCGCUGUGUAAUGGUUGACGGCGAGAGUUCUGAAGAAGAGCAGCCUGAUAAAACAUGCCCUGCAGAGAAUGUUUCUGCUAGUAAGAAACAGAACGUACUUGAAAAAUUGAAAGAACUUGUAAGACAAAGCGCAGCUCGGAGAUCCUGCAGCAGUGCAAAUUGUGAGGAUUCCAAUAGUGAAGCAUCAGUAGAAGAGGAGCCACUCUGUCAAUUGCCCCUCAUGCCAUCAGAAGGUAGUGAAACUGACAGUGGCAGCAUAAAAGAUUUUAUAGUAGAGGAAGAGGAAAGCGAUGAUGAUGACAUUGACAACACAGAGCUUGUGAAGAGUGAAAAUCAGCCACAUCAAAAGCAACCAAAUCCAUCAAACAGCGAGCUGCUGGCACACUACAUCCCACAAUUAUCUCGCUGUGAUCAUUACGUACAUUUCAAAAGAAUAGUAAAGGCUUUCCUCAUAAAUGCAAUUGAUGACAGUUUUCUGAGCUCAUUAUAUGAUGGAACGAGACAAAAGAGGUAUGCACGAGAUAUGCUGCUGUCUCUUCAUUAUUUGGACAAUCGCUUCAUUCAGCCUCGUCUUGAGAACUUAAUCUGUAGAAGUCGGUGGAAAGAUCGAUACAAGGAGCGUGUGGAUUGUUACCCAGAUGUUCGCAUAAGCUUGAAAAGUACAGAAAAUAUGUCUUGUCAGGCCUGUGAAAUGAAGCGGUAUUGUAAGUUCAAUGUGUUGCUCUCUGGAAGGCUUUAUAAUAGUAAAACUUUGGAAGUGGAUGACUUCAUGUCAAAUGAUAAACAGGUUUUGAAGGUUGGUGUGGUGUGUGCAAAUCGUACAAGAGUUUAUCACAGCUUGAAACACUUCAAGUACAAGUUAUACAUGGAUUGCAGCUCUGUUGUUGGAUUGGAUGGUGUUGAGGACGAACCAGUCAAAGACACUGUAGAACGGCUUUUCAGCCACUUGGAAGAGAGUGGAUGGAUUCAGAAGAGAUACAGUGAUCUUGAAGAUUGUAUGGAGGAUGCAGACAAUUUUCAAGAAGAGAAAAUUGGUUAAGAGGUCAUGUAGCUCAUUGAAAGACAUCUUUAAAAAUGUGUGAAUGGCCAAUUUCAUCUGUAUGCACUUUAUCUCUGCCUGGACUUUGAGAUUUCUAUGUAGGCUGUUAAGCUAAAUUCAUAUGCCUUUAAAAUACUGUUUGAAAUAUGCUGCAUCUUUUUUUUCUUAUCUGUGUCAAUAUAAACCCAAAGUUUUACCAAAUCAGUCCUUCCAGUCUUACUGCAUUAAGCACUUUAAGUUUCCUACUGUUAGAAAUAUCAGUUCAGUAUCUAUUUACUUGUGAAAUAAACCUUCCACCUAUUUACAUUGAGCUGCAUUGUAGACAACCUAGGAGAUGCUGGGAUCUUUUGAAGUGGGUAUAUUUGGAAAGGUAAGGCUUUGUUAUACGAGAAGUUAGGACUUGCAUCUUACUUCCUUAUAGCUCAUUAUGUGCAAGUAAGUCCAGUCAGUUAGAAUGAUAGUUACAACAAACAGGACCCAAAUGCAAAGAUCUAUUUCUCCUCUGAGGAAUCAGUAUAGACAGUUGCAAGGCAACAGAGGAAAUAUUCUGCAGUCCUGACUGCAUUUGCAGCACCGUAGUCAUUCCUCUCUUGAGAAAGUAGGUGAUGAGUCACAGUAUGGGCGUCAUACAGACUGAGUCUGGCUUAGCCAUCUAAAUGAACACAUGGGACCACAUUGCUGUCUCUGAUAAGCAGCUGGGGCAAUUUACUGAGAUUUUAAACAUCAGGUUACAUUAUGCAAAUGUGCAAAUACAUAAUGGCAGCAACUUGGAGUAACUGCAAUCCUAAGAGAAUGGUUUAAGAUGCCCAUGCUAGAUAAGCAAGAAUUCUUCCAAUAUAAGUUAACAAAAAGUAGGAGUUAGUCAGAAACAGGGUGCAUGGCUUACCAGAAUUGCAUGAAACCCAAAUCAGAGUAGAUUUUUCAAGAAUUUAGGAAGGGUUAAGUAUGGUACUAUCCAUUCUGAAAAAUUGGACAAGAACUGUAAAUGUGCACUUGCAGCCCAGAAAGCCAACUGUAUCCUGGGCUGCAUCC